CCAUGGCAACAGGCACAAGCAAAACCCCUAUUUUAAUUGUGCCAACAACACUUCCAGGACCUCCUGCCAUACCCACAGUUCUCACCAGUCCCUCAGCAGCAGCAGCAGGCCCUGUCAGCAGCUUUAAUUUGGGUGACAAACAAAAAAGAUGGGUUGUGAUUGGAAUCACAUUAAACAGGCUUCUAUCACCAGUUCUCCGUGACUUUGCGGGCAAGGAACUUGCUAAACACUACACAUCAUUGAAGAGUUCCAGUGGAAUAGAUGCACAGGUUUAUUCCACUCACAUGAAGGGAGAUGGUUCUUUUGAUUUAAACUAUGGCAGCAUCAACAACAACUGGGGAAGGUUCAAGAGAAAGGUGCAUCUCUAUGAUUACAAAGUGGCAUCUGCUGAGGAUCUGGCCAAACUUUACCUUGAACCACACAUGGCCAAAUUUACAGGUUUUGAUAACACAUGCGACUUGUCAGCAGUUUUAGGAAUGCUGGCCAACUCAUCCGUGUUUCACACGCGCGUCCAAACAAAUGCUAAGGAUGUGCGCUCCAAAGUAAGAAACGAGUGGGGACACUGUAACUUUGAUCACUGGAAUGAGCCGGAUUUCAACUACAGUUUCCAACUCAUGGAGACAUUAAUUCGUUCUUUGGGGCUUCCAGUGGUUGAUGAAAAGAAAGUACUCGAUGAACUUCACGAGUGGGAAACCAAGGGUUUGCAAUUGUGCAUGGGUUGCCCAGUGGACAAGGAUUUGAUGAAACUUGUCAGUAUUGAGGUAACCAACUUAGAACAAAACUUGGAGGCCAUAAAUAAAUCCAAUGCUGAUGAAGCCAAGAGGAUAGGAGAAGCUCUUCAAGACGCCAUAGAUGAAAUAGCGAAGUUUGAGAAACGUAUAGCCGACAUGGAAAGUCGACUGGAGGAAGAGCUCCAGGCGCAAUCAGAAAAGAACAAAGCAUUCUCAACAGCAAUUGAAGAUAUUUCUAACAGUAUAAAUAUAAUAGAGGAACGCCAAGAUACAAAUGAACAAAACAUUUCUCUGAUAGAAGAAAGGCAAAAUGAGGUAGAAUCAGCUGUAGCCUCUUUAAAAGACGGAGAGAGUAACCUAAACUCAAAGGUGGAGGUUUUAAAGCUCGGACAAACUCAGUUAGAUUCUCGGCUGAAAAAGUUAGAAGAGGGUAAUCUUAACGCUGUGGUCCAUGCGAAAAUUUUGCAAUUGCCCAGUCGCAAUCAUUGCUUCUGUGGUCGCGAAAGUGAGCUAAAAGCAAUUGCAGCGCAACUAAAAAAUACUACGAGGGGUUGUUCUGAAUCAGCAAUUUGCGGUCUCGGGGGUGUUGGAAAAACAUCUCUUGCUGUCGAGUUUCUCUGGCGACAGAAAGACAAGGAGGAAUAUCCCGGUGGUAUUUUUUGGAUUUCAGGCGAAACCAGCAUUCUUUUUCAAUUGUCUGUCAGCGAGGUGGCACGUCAAGUUGGAACUUUGGAUGACAAAGACUUUUCUAAUUCGCUGUCAAGAACCUUGGACUGGUUGACAAAGCGCGAGCAGCUGUGGUGUUUGGUGGUUGACAACCUGGAUGAGUUAGAAAUGUCCAUGGAUAUGCGGAAGUUGCUUACUGGUCAUUGGAAACAGGCUGCACGUGGUCAUAUCAUCAUAACCACGAGGAGAGAAGCAACGGAAAUCGAAGAAGAAACCGGAAUCGAAGAAAGCCUUUGCAUUGAGUUGAAAUGUUUCACAGACGGAGAAGGAAUUCAAUUUUUGAGGAUACGAAGCGGAAAAGGUGGAGAAGAUGAUGAUUUCCUUGAGAUAGUGAGAGAGCUUGGCGGACUACCUUUAGCUCUUGAUCAAGCUGCUGCUUACAUCCGAUCCCUUUCCCUUCGACAGCCCAUUAAGGAAUAUCUGAAGAAGUAUAAGAAACAGAAGUUGGUUCUCUUGAAGAAGAAGAAGGCUCGUAAUUUGGUGGAAAAUACAUCGCCUGAGCGACUGGUUGUUCACACAACAUGGCUGUUGAAUUUUGAUCACAUCAAUCGAAUUUCAGAGGAGAUGGAUCUCGGUGAAACCCCUACACUUGUGAUGCAAAUUUCUGCCUACUUAGGUCCCGAUGACAUUCCUAAUGCACUGAUAAACCAGGGGCUUUUCGAAGUGGGAAAUGCUGAGGCAGUAAGCGAUUUGUGGGAUGCAGCCGAGAUAGCGUCACUUCUUACAAAAUUUUCCCUUUUUCAAAGGUAUGGGAUAGAUUCGUUUGGUGUUCAUCGUUUGGUGCAAGAAGUUGUCCGAAAUGAGAUAGAGAAAGACAAAACUGAGCUGCGAGUCCUUUGUUGUGCAGUGCGUGUCCUUUAUCGUGCUAUAGCGGAUACACGCUCACCAGCAGAAGUUUGCGAGAGUUUCUUUGAAGGCGCUGUUUUCAGUAUAGAGAAUCCUCCAUCAUUACAACUCUGGGGCAAGUUGGCUGCGCACACCAUCUAUUUACAGGAGCAUAUUCGAAGCUUCGCAGAAAGAAAUGAAAGUGAUAUCGAAAGCGUAAAUGUCUUGCUAAACACUGAAGAAACCGUUCGUAUCUUUAAUGAGGCGGGAAUAUUUUUUAGCGUUUCUCAACAGAAAGUAAAAGCUCAGGCAAUGCAAGAAAUGAAACUUGAGUUGCUAGUGCACCUUGAAAAGUCAACCACUAGAAAUAAUGCUGAUUUGCCAUCGUAUUUUGUUGAUGUACCUCUGAAAGACAAGGACCACAAGGUGAUUUCGUGCUGUAUGAGACAAUCGGCGGAGAGCGAGGUCGUGGCUGAAGAAGCCCCUUUCCCGACCUCAGCGGAGGAAGCCAACCGACUCAAAGAAGAAGGAAACAUUGCAGUAAAAAAUGGCAAGUUAAAAGAAGCCUUAGGUCUUUAUUCCAGAGGCAUUGAUUUGUGGUCGGGUGACUAUCGACUGUUUUGUAACAGGGCCCUUUGCCAUUUGAAACUCGGGCAGGCAAACAGUGCUUUAGAUGACUGUGGAAAGUGCCUCUCUUUAAAACCUUUUUACAGCAAAGCGCUGCAACGUAAAGCUUGGGCUCUCCAAGAACUCGUUACCAAAGGACGUAAUGAGCUCAAAGGGCAAGCGCAAGCAGCAUUGGCAUUGGCCGUUCAUUUUAAUCCCAAUCUUCGCUGUGAUGAAACCUUUUGUGAGAUGUUUCCGGAAGUUUCACUUGUGCGUCCUGUAGAAGUAAGCAGUGAUACCCAUUUGAAUUUAGUAAUCUUGAUGCAGCAAGAAAAUUCAACCUUGUUAUUACAUGAAAGGGAAUACAAUGUACCUAAUCUCAUUUUUGGCACUGAUUGCCAGGUGGUGGGUCUUGGGCCCAGAACGGUUGUAACUUGUAGAAAUCACUGCGUAGUCACAGGUGCUAAGGUCUACUUUGAGAAUAUAGUGCUUCCUAAGGGAAGCACAGCUCUGCGUUGCUUAGGUGAGGGGGGAGCUGUUCAUCUGAAUCACUGCGAAAUUUCGGCGGGAUGGGCGGGUUGUGAGGAAUUUCCAGAAUGCAAUGGAGGCUCGGGCUGCGUAGCGGCAUCUUUGGGAAGGCCAGCUUGUGAUCGGACUGGAAUGUUUGGAGAUCCACGAUCAAUAUCUGGAGUUUUGGGCCGUUCUGGAAUCCAGAUUUCGGAAGGAAGCACUGCUUUGAUUGAAAAUUGUACUAUUCAUGAUUGUGGAGGUGCAGGCGCUUUAGCAGAUGGCGAAGGUUCUCAAUUGUUUGUCAGGAAAUGCGAAGUGUACAAAAAUCACCAGGCCGGCAUAGAGGUAAGGAAUGGAGCCAAACUUGUUGCCUCCAAAAACAGGAUAUUUGACAGUGGCUAUCAUGGUGUUUUGAUUGGUCCAGAGGCCGGAGAAUGUUACAUUGACGGAAAUAAGAUUUUCGAAAAUGCGAGAGAGGGAAUUCUUGCCUUGCUAAACAAGACCAAGAUCGUCGUACAAAACAAUGACAUUCACCACAACAGGCCCUUUGGAAUUUCGGUGGAUUCUAAUUCUCAACUUGUGGUGGUUAAAAAUAAGAUAUUUGAGAAUGGAUUCUGGGGAAUCUUUGCUAAAACGCGCACGUCAGCACACAUUGCAGAAAAUGUUAUUUCUGGCAACAAAUGCGGCGGUAUUUUUAUCGGUGUCAAUUAUUCUGGACGAAUUCAAAUGCAAUCAAAUGUUGUUCGAGACCACAGUGGCCCUUGGCUCGAGUAUCAGAACAUAAAAGGCAGUCUUACCGUGAAUGGUCCUGGUGCCUAUAGUCCGUUGUCCUACUUGUAUGUGCCGCCUGGAGAAAAGAAUGAAGUUUAUUCAAGUCCUCCUAUUCUGGACGGAAACAGAGUAUUCAACAACGAAGAAGGCAUGUACCAUCCCAGAGAGGUCACUGAACGACUCUACAGCGGCUGCACGUAUUGUCGUCGCCCAAGAGAUAACGAAGAGUGCUUUUUUAAGUGUCUGGAUUGUCACAUUGCAUCGUACUGCAGCAAGGAGUGUCAACGAAACCACAGACGUAAACACGAGACAUUAUGUGUCGCUCUCAAAAGUCGUUAUUCUGUAGAAGUUGACCGCAUGCCGUCCAACACUAACCCAGUACGGAUAUUUGGCAGUAACUUGAGAGGUUUUGGAGAGGGGCCAAAACCAGAGCCUAACAAAGUGUUUAUUGCUAAGAUUGAAACAGGAAAUCUCAAUAGCCACCCAAUGCAGUCAAUGGUCCUCUAUGACAAAAGCCUCUCAAUUGAAUGUUUAAUUCAAAGUCCAGAAAUCUUCAACGUUAUAACGGAGUGUGGCGUGCUUGGAGCUUUAAUCAAAUUCACAAGUAAAACAUGUUUUUUCUAUGCUACGUUUACCGAGCCAGAUGGAAAGCUGACAAUUUUCCUCGACCACCUUGCCCCUUAUCAAGAUUGGUAG